CCUUCGAUUGGACCUAAUGCUCAUUGUUUGAGGUACGCAGCCUCCAACCGCUGGUGUUUCAGCCGCUCCCUCCCCCGCUCAUCCCAGUUUGUUGACAGCGACACCUCGCAGUCUCAACAUCGCGCUCUAAUUGCUCCCUACGAUGUCCGGACAUCCGCAAGGAGGCCACUACGAUGAUGGCUACGGCCAGCACCAGGGCCAGGACUCCUACUACCAGGAUGAUCAGUAUGCCCAGUACGAUCAACAGGGUGGCCACGCCUACGGAGACCAGCACGGCGAUGCUUAUUACGAUGAAUCUGCCUAUUAUGACGGUCAGCAAGGCCAAUAUCAACAAGACGGGUAUUAUGAAGGCGGUCAACAGGGCCAAUACCAAGACGACUAUUACAAUGAUCAAUAUUACGACCAAGGGGGUGCCCAGGCCGGGUAUGGGCAAAACGGCGCGAAACCCCGACGCCGCGGUCACGACUCUGAAGACGACUCGGAAACCUUCAGCGACUUCACGAUGCGGUCAGACAUGGCUCGUGCCGCCGACAUGGAUUACUAUGGACGCGGCGACGAAAGGUACAACAGCUAUGGCGAAGGCAUGAAUCGUGGAUACCGACCUCCGUCUUCCCAGGUCUCGUAUGGCGGCAACCGCUCAUCUGGUGCGUCCACGCCUAUCUAUGGUAUGGACUACACAAAUGCACUUCCCGCCGGUCAACGAUCUCGGGAACCGUACCCUGCGUGGACGACCGACGCCCAGAUUCCCUGUACCAAGGAAGAGGUCGAGGACAUCUUCCUGGAGCUCACUGCAAAGUUCGGUUUCCAGCGAGAUAGCAUGAGGAAUAUGUACGACCACCUGAUGACGCUUUUAGACUCACGGGCAUCGCGCAUGUCCCCGAACCAGGCCCUCUUGUCCCUACAUGCCGACUACAUUGGAGGCGAAAAUGCUAACUACCGCCGGUGGUAUUUUGCUGCCCACCUCGAUUUGGAUGAUGCCGUGGGAUUUGCCAACAUGAAGCUCGGCAAGGCUAACCGGAGAACUCGGAAAGCCCGCCGGGCUGCAAAGAAGAAGGCAUCUGAGAACCCUGGAAACGAGGAGCAGACUCUUGACGCUUACGAGGGUGACAACAGUCUAGAAGCCGCCGAAUACCGCUGGAAGACACGGAUGAACCGGAUGUCACAGCACGACCGAGUCCGCCAAAUUGCCCUUUACCUCCUCUGCUGGGGUGAAGCUAAUCAGGUUCGAUUUGUACCCGAAUGUCUUUGCUUCAUCUUCAAAUGCGCGGAUGACUACCUAAACUCACCUGCUGGUCAAGCCGCGACGGAGCCUGUGGAAGAGUUCACAUACCUCAACAACGUCAUCACGCCACUCUACCAAUUCUGCCGCGAUCAAGGUUAUGAAAUCCAGGACGGUAAAUAUGUCCGCCGUGAGCGUGAUCAUGCGUCCAUUAUUGGCUACGAUGAUAUCAACCAAUUAUUCUGGUACCCCGAGGGCAUCGAGCGUAUUGUCAUGGAGGACAAGUCCCGGAUUGUCGAUCUUCCUCCCGCCGAGCGAUAUGCGAAGUUGAAGGACGUAGUUUGGAAGAAGGUCUUUUUCAAGACGUACUACGAACGACGGUCAUGGUUUCACAUGCUUGUCAACUUCAACCGAAUCUGGGUUAUCCACGUAACAUCUUUCUGGUUCUAUACCUCAUAUAACUCGGCUCCCAUCUACACCAAGGGCUAUCAACAGCAGCUUGACAACUCACCGGAAAAGGCGGCAACGUUGUCGGCUGUGGCGUUGGGUGGAACCAUUGCUUCGCUGAUCAUGAUCUUUGCAACUCUUGCAGAAUGGGCUUAUGUCCCACGGAAAUGGGCUGGUGCUCAGCAUUUGACAAAACGACUAUUUUUCCUCCUAGCGGUUUUUGCGGUCAACGUCGGUCCCAGCGUAUACAUCUUCUUCGUCAGCAAAGAUCAGAAGGGCAAAAUCUGCCUCAUCCUCGGCGUGGUCCAGUUCUUGGUCGCUCUCGCUACCUUCUUCUUCUUCUCGGUUAUGCCACUAGGUGGUCUUUUCGGGAGCUAUCUAACCCGCAACUCCCGCCAGUACGUUGCCAGCCAGACGUUUACUGCCAGUUACCCUCGUCUGAAGGGUAAUGACAUGUGGAUGUCAUACGGCCUGUGGGUUAUGGUCUUCGCCGCCAAGCUUUCUGAGUCUUACUUCUUCUUGACACUGUCAUUGAAGGAUCCUAUUCGAAUCCUCUCACACAUGAAGAAGCCUGACUGUGUCGGUGAUGCAAUCCUUAAGACUUACCUAUGCCAAUACCAGCCGAAGAUUCUCCUUGGACUCAUGUUCUUUACAGACCUCAUCCUUUUCUUCUUGGACACGUAUCUAUGGUACAUUAUCCUCAACAUGUUGUUUUCGGUAUCUCGAUCGUUUUACCUUGGUGUGUCCAUCUGGACUCCUUGGAGAAACAUUUUCUCCAGGCUACCCAAGCGUAUCUAUUCCAAGAUCCUUGCUACCACAGAUAUGGAGAUCAAGUACAAGCCUAAAGUGCUGAUCUCCCAGAUCUGGAACGCCGUCGUCAUCUCGAUGUAUCGAGAACAUCUUCUUGCCAUUGAUCAUGUCCAGAAGUUGCUGUACCACCAGGUCCCUUCAGAGCAGGAGGGGAAGCGUACUCUUCGAGCCCCCACCUUCUUCGUCUCUCAGGAAGAUCACUCUUUCAAAACGGAGUUCUUUCCUGCGCAGAGUGAAGCUGAACGUCGUAUCUCCUUCUUUGCUCAAUCGUUAUCAACGCCAAUUCCGGAACCGCUACCAGUGGAUAACAUGCCCACAUUUACCGUUCUAAUCCCUCAUUAUAGCGAAAAGAUUCUAUUGUCUCUCCGCGAGAUUAUUCGCGAAGAUGAGCCAUAUUCUCGUGUCACUCUUCUGGAGUACUUGAAACAGCUUCACCCUCAUGAGUGGGACUGCUUCGUCAAGGAUACCAAAAUUCUCGCCGAUGAAACUUCACAAUUCAAUGGCGACUACGAGAAGAACGAGAAGGAUACCGCUAAGAGCAAGAUCGAUGAUCUUCCUUUCUACUGCAUUGGGUUCAAAUCGGCUGCACCGGAGUACACUCUACGAACUCGUAUCUGGGCAUCUCUUCGAUCACAGACCCUGUACCGUACAAUUUCCGGUUUCAUGAACUACAGCCGUGCGAUCAAGCUUCUCUACCGUGUUGAGAAUCCCGAGGUCGUCCAGAUGUUUGGAGGUAAUUCUGACAAGCUUGAGCGCGAACUUGAGCGCAUGGCUCGACGCAAGUACAAGAUCUGCGUUUCAAUGCAACGCUAUGCCAAGUUCUCGAAGGAGGAGCGCGAAAACACCGAAUUCUUGCUCCGUGCUUAUCCGGAUCUCCAAAUUGCCUACCUGGACGAAGAACCACCCGUUAACGAAGGCGAAGAGCCUCGUCUAUACUCGGCUCUUAUUGACGGGCACUCUGAGCUCAUGGACAACGGCAUGCGUCGACCUAAAUUCCGAAUUCAGCUCUCCGGUAACCCCAUCCUUGGCGACGGUAAAUCAGACAACCAGAACCACAGCAUUAUCUUCUAUCGUGGAGAGUACAUCCAACUCAUCGAUGCCAAUCAGGACAAUUACUUGGAGGAGUGUCUAAAGAUUCGAAGUGUCCUGGCCGAAUUCGAGGAAAUGACUACCGACAACGUCUCACCCUACACUCCUGGUAUUCCGAACACCAACUUCAACCCGGUCGCUAUCCUAGGUGCGCGUGAAUAUAUUUUCUCUGAAAAUAUCGGUAUCCUCGGUGACGUCGCUGCUGGAAAGGAACAAACAUUCGGUACUAUGUUCGCUCGUACUCUGGCCCAAAUCGGCGGCAAACUGCACUACGGUCAUCCAGAUUUCCUCAACGGUAUCUUCAUGACUACUCGUGGUGGUGUUUCCAAGGCACAAAAAGGUCUUCAUCUUAAUGAGGAUAUCUAUGCUGGUAUGAAUGCCCUGAUUCGUGGUGGUAGGAUAAAGCAUUGCGAGUACUACCAGUGUGGUAAGGGUCGUGAUCUUGGAUUUGGCUCUAUCCUCAACUUUACAACCAAGAUUGGCACCGGUAUGGGAGAGCAAAUGCUGUCUCGGGAGUACUACUAUCUCGGCACCCAACUUCCGUUGGAUCGCUUCCUAUCCUUCUACUACGCCCAUCCUGGAUUCCACAUCAACAACUUGUUCAUCAUGUUGUCUGUCCAAUGCUUCAUGUUCGUUCUCCUCAACCUUGGCGCCUUGAAGCAUGAAACCAUUCUCUGCCGAUAUAACAAGGAUGUACCGAUCACGGACCCUCUCUUCCCUAACGGUUGUGCCAAUCUCACUCCGGUCUUCGAUUGGGUUGCCCGUUGCAUUGUCUCCAUCUUCAUCGUCUUCUUCAUCUCUUUCGUGCCUCUCGUGGUGCAGGAGUUGACCGAACGCGGUUUCUGGCGCGCUGCCACUCGUUUGGCUAAGCACUUCUCCUCACUCUCUCCUCUUUUCGAAGUGUUCGUUUGCCAAAUUUAUGCGAAUGCCCUCCACACUGAUCUGUCAUAUGGUGGAGCUCGAUAUAUCGGUACUGGACGUGGCUUUGCAACUGCGCGUAUUCCCUUCGGCAUUCUCUACUCUCGAUUUGCUGGCCCCUCCAUUUAUAUUGGUGCUCGAUCUCUGAUGAUGCUUCUUUUCGCCACGAUGACCGUUUGGGGCCCAUGGCUCAUCUAUUUCUGGGCAUCCCUGUUGGCUCUCUGUAUCUCUCCCUUCGUGUUCAACCCACACCAAUUCUCCUGGGACGACUUCUUUAUCGACUACAGGGAAUAUCUCCGCUGGCUCUCUCGCGGAAAUACACGCUCUCACAGCGCGUCUUGGAUUGGGUACUGUCGUCUCUCACGAACUCGUAUCACUGGGUACAAGCGCAAGGCUCUUGGAGACCCAUCGUCUAAGUUAUCUGGUGACGUCCCCCGCGCCCACUUCAGCAAUAUCUUCAUGAGCGAGAUCGUCGGUCCUCUGGUCCUAGUUGCCAUUACCCUGAUCCCGUACCUCUUCAUCAACGCUCAAACUGGCGUGAAGAACGCUCAGCAAGAGCAAGAUUCCCCAGAUAUCAAAGCAACGAAUUCGUUAAUUCGUGUUGCUCUUGUUGCUUUUGGCCCCAUUGCUGUCAACGCCGGUAUCCUUGGAGGACUGUUUGGCAUGGCCUGCUGCAUGGGACCAAUCCUCAGCAUGUGCUGCAAGAAGUUCGGCGCCGUCCUCGCUGCGAUUGCUCACGGUGUGGCCGUCGUCAUGCUCCUUGCGUUCUUCGAAGUUAUGUUCUUCCUGGAAGGAUGGAGCUUCACCAAAGCGUUGUCGGGUAUGAUUGCCGUUGUGGCCAUUCAGCGAUUCUUUUACAAGCUCAUCAUCUCCCUUGCUCUCACUCGUGAGUUCAAGGCUGAUAGUGCCAACAUCGCCUGGUGGACUGGCAAGUGGUACGCCAUGGGCUGGCAUACCAUUUCCCAGCCUGGCCGUGAAUUCCUUUGCAAGAUCACCGAGCUCGGUAUGUUCGCUGCCGAUUUCAUUCUGGGACACGUAAUUCUGUUCCUCAUGCUACCGGCAUUGUUGGUCCCCUAUGUCGACAAGUUCCAUUCGGUCAUGUUGUUCUGGCUCCGCCCAAGUCGUCAAAUCCGACCUCCAAUCUAUUCCCUCAAGCAGACGAAACUUAGAAAGCGAAGGGUCAUCCGCUAUGCCAUCCUUUACUUCCUUAUCCUCAUCAUCUUCGCUGCAUUGAUCGCUGGUCCCAUCGUUGCUGGCAAGUUCCUCAAGUCCUUGCCUACGAUUCCGAUGGACCUUCUUCAACCCACCGGCCUGAACAACAAUGACACAAGCGGCCAAGUCACAGGUACUUGCGUCAAUGGUCCUUGCCCAGGUGGAGACGGUGGUAGCGUUGCAACAGCAACAGGUGGCGCUCGUUUCAGGGCUUUCUAAAAGUGCGAUAAUGG